ACCGCAGCACCUCGCCGUGUUUCACAGCAGACGGUUCGCCAGUCGUGUAGUUUGCUAUGUUUACGAAUGUAUGGAUUUUUUUUAGCAGUUGUGUUUUAAAUAAACCCUGAUCACUUCUCAACUCUGGAUAUCAAGCUUCGGUUGAUUCUUCAGUCGUCGUUUUCAAACACAGGAGGUCAUCAACUCUGAAUCAACAGGUUUUGGACACUGACUGUCACAUCGCCGGUGUUGGCCUCGCUAACCGCUCUUCGCUGUAGUCAGCUGUUUUUUUUUUCCUUUCUUUAUUGUUGCUGUGGGGAUUUACGACUAGUGGGAUAGCACCGUGGGAAUCUUCGUUGUGUAUGAGUUCUGUAGCUUGCGCUUUGUGAUCCCUUCACUGUGUAGCUGAACUGUGCAUUUGUUUUAAUAGGAUUAUACUAGAUCUAUACGAAACGUACGAUUAUUAACUAAAAAUAAACUUAUUUGGAUUUGGAACAUUGUGGAAAAACAGCUUAAGAAUAUAAUUGUCAUAAAAUCGAUUAAUUAAUCAAAACAACAAGUGAACACCACAACCACAGGUUGCUGUCGUUAAUGAAUCGCUCGCCUUCAUCCCGUGUGGUCAUCUAAAAUGCCUCCCCACACGCCGAUGAUGGAUCAUAACACGAACUUACUUCCCGACUCAGAGACCAACAGUCUGGCUGGUCAGAGAUCGCCAAUCCAUCAGCCGACCUCGAAAGUGAAGUGUGUCCUAGUGGGCGAUGGGGCCGUCGGCAAGACUAGCUUGAUCGUUAGCUACACCACCAAUGGCUACCCCACAGAAUACAUGCCCACUGCCUUCGACGAUUAUUCUGUUGUGGUCACUGUAGAUAAUAAGCCUGUACAGUUACAACUAUGUGAUACUGCUGGACAGGAUGACUUUGAUGCUAUCCGUCCACUCUGCUACCCCAACACAGACAUUUUUCUCCUAUGCUUCAGUGUGGUGUCCCCCACAUCUUUCAACAACAUCUUUGAAAAAUGGGUCCCGGAAAUCAAGAAACAUUCACCCAAAGUGCCCAUGCUGCUUAUCGGGACCCAGUGUGACCUUCGCAACGACGUCAAAAUUUUAAUCGAACUUGCCUCCUACAAGGAGAAACCGGUCUCUGAAAGUGAUGCCAUCCGAUUGGCUCACGACAUUGGGGCAGUCCAUUACGUGGAGUGCUCCGCCCUGACCCAGAAGAACCUGAAGGAUGUGUUUGACCAGGCCAUCCUGGCAUCUCUGAACUACAUACCAGAUUUAAGUCAUUCCAAGGAGUUUAGGAGAUCCUACCGUAAGAAGUACAGCGUCAAUGAGAGGCAGAGCGCAAGUCUCAAGAAGGCUGGGUGGAAAAAGUUCUGUUGUUUUUUGUGAUUUCCUGGAGGCACCGUACCCAACGCUGUAACUUAUUAAAGGUAAAGCCUUUGCUCUAGUGUGUUGGAUACUAUAAUAAACAUUUGUCUAGUGUAUUGAAUACUGUAUAGAACAUUGGUUUAGUGUCUUUAAUACUGUGCAAAACAUUGGUCUAGUGUGGUGGAUACUGUACAGAACAUUGGUCUAGUGUGUUGGAUACUGUGCAGAACAUUGGUCUAGUGUGUUGGAUACUGUACAAAAAUGAACCUUUGGUCCAGUUUUUGCUGCUGAGAACCUGCUAUUAAGUCCAGCCAUGCAGUACAUAUGUGGACAUCAGUUAGACUGGACAUCAGUUAGACUGGACAUCAGUUAGACGUUAGUAUUAUUUGUGGAAAUGGUGGGCAGUUAUAGGUGUUAAAUUAGGCGUGUAAACUGUUAAGACUGUAACAUACAAAGUGUGACGUCUAUGAUGUCUUUAACAUAUCUGACAGAUGUCUAUGACUUAGUGUCAGCUACACAUGAUGAUGGCUGACAAAUGAUGUAUGUCAGUGCCACAACUUUAGUCUUAUCCAUUGUAUAUAAGAAAAUCAUGCCACUUGCGAAGUGUGUACUAUUUGCUUUUCAAAAUACAGAUAACGGUUUAUCUAAAACAGACAUGUUCACAACAAUUUUAUUGCAUUCUGAGAAUGUUGCUUGUUUUAAAAAUUAUCUCUUGAUUUAUUUUAAAGAAAAGUUUUGCUUCAAAUGUAAAUAGUUUUUAAAUGUAUCAUAUCAAAGUUUGUUUUAUGAGAACUUGAUUAGUUUGACAUGUUAGUAUUAGCCACGAAGCUCCUCAUUUGUCAUGAAAGUACAAACUUUUUAUCAAAUCAUUUGGAUGAAUAAGGAAAGCUUAUCCUAUUUUAGUAUUUUUUAAACACGUUUUUAAAUUGUAUAAAGCUUUUUUAAAAGGGAAAUUCAAAAAUAACUUGAGCCAACUUGACUGUUUUGCUGUUUCUUAAAGUACUCAUAUUCCAGCUGUACUUUGAAGACUUGUUAACCAUUAAGGAACAUGUAUGAUAGUAGUACUUAAUGUUACAUCUGCUGCUUAUGGCGGUGUUGUAUAAUUUCAACAACUAGCUCGUCUACACUGUUUAACCAGCUCAAAAGAAAACUAUGGCUCCCGGUAUUAUUUUUCUUUUAGUGAUAGCGAUCUUAAGAUUAAAGCAAAGUCUAGCUGGAAGUGAAACAGUUCAUGUAAUGAAUACAUCUAAAUAGCUUCAAGAAAUGAAUCCCUUGGUGUAAAAUAUUCUUGUGGGUGUUAAGUACUGGAUUGAAUCCAGACAGGUCACUGUCACGGAUCAGCGACCACAGGAAGUUUUCACAGGUAAAGCGAAGCUAGGAUUAUGUAGGAGACAGCUGAUGAGUCAUAAUCCAGCAGAAUAAAUGUAGGGAUAAUGUGUGAUUAAGUUCAACCAUACAACCCGUUGGUAGUUUCUUUCAACCAAGUAUUAGCGGCAGUUUAGCCAGUUUUUUAAAAGCCUCCCCCACAGCCUGAGUGUGUUUGGGAAAUGUGUGCUUAGUAUAAUGGGAGGGAGGGGGUGGAGUAAUAGUUAACAAAUAUGUGCUUAGUCUGGUUAAUUUUUGGUACAAGUGUUCAAUUAUUUAUCUACCCUCUCCCAUCCCACACAAAGGAGGUUGAAACUUAAACAUUUUUGAUCGGUAUCUAAUGCGUGUAAUUCUGCUUUUAUAUCUAAAAAUUAACUUUAAUAAUUUAAAAAUAUUUUAUUUUUAUUUAUUGUACAAGUAGUAUUAUCCUAAUAAACUAAAAUUUAAUUGUAAAUUUCAAGCACUAAAUUUAUAAUCAAAGAUAUAUUUGAAAUUGUUUUUUUUUUUGCUUAUAUUUAUUUUACAUUGUGAAAGUGUUACAUUUUUUGUGAAUUAAAAAAAAAAAUUAUGAAAGUCUUGUAUUUAAUUGUAAGAAAUCUUCUGUCUCCAUAACUGGCUGGGAUAUGACAAUAGACACUGUAAAAUUGUACACUAAUUAAUGUUUUUCUAAGAUAAUUGCAUUGGCUGAUGUUUAUGUUCAGUGGCAGUCUUGUCUUCCUUUCUAUUUAACAUUGUAAUGAACUUAUAUUGUGCCUUAUAUUAUAAAUUGUUUAUUGUUUUUUAUAAUUUUCCUUUUAAAUCUUUAAGUUUUAAGCUUAGUAAUAAAAAAUAUUAAAAUGUUUAAAAUUUUGAUAUGCUGCUGUAUGAAGAUAAGCCUGGUGUAUUGCAUGUUAGGUUACCUGCUUAUGUAAAGAGAUAGAUUAAAUGGUUGGUUUUUUUUACUAACAGCUAUCUCAGGUAUGCUAACACUAAAGAAAAACACCUUUAGAUUCUCAGCUUGUAUACUUUAAAAUAUGAAAUCUUUAACCCAGGCAUUUUUUAUCAUUGAAAAAAGGAGAGUUAAUACAGUGCUAUUUUUAGAUUUUUUUUGCACUAGGUUUACCUGGAGUGUGUAAUUUUUGGGUUAAUCAUAUCAGUAGCCUAUAAUAUAUUUCAUUUUAAUCCUUGUAAUGCUUUUAGCUGUCGCUCUUUAAUUCCCAUAUUUAUAAAACACAUGGCUUUUUUUCCUCCGGUAAAGUAAUUUGCUACUGAACAGUUUAAAAAUAUUACUGUCUGUUCUUAGCUAUAUUGGAAAAAUGUACAUAGUCUGAACUAGGUUAUAUGAUGAGAUAAGAGUGGGUUGAGUUGAAAUUGCAACCAAUUUUAAAGAAAUAUCAAUUUAAGUUUUUAACUAGGAUUCCCAACAUUAACAGCUGUUUAUUUUUAGGAUAGUUUUAUUUCUUGUGUAGGAAUGAUAAAAUGAUAGAAAUUUGUUUGAUUAUAUUAAACAACCCUGCUUAAGUCAUAUCUCAUAAUAGUUUUACACAUUGUGUUUUUGUGAGAAGGUUCUUUAAACCAAAUACAUAACUUAAAGUCUACUCUACCCGUAUGGCUGUGUUAUUGUAACACAGUUCUACAAACCCAGUUAACUGCCAACAAGUGUGCAUGAGUCAAUCAGCCUGGGGGGUUAUUGCCUUAUUGAUUUGACCUGCUGGGGACAACACUGGGAUGUGGGGGGAUUGGGGAGGUCUGGCGUGUUGCACUGGUCUCAGAAAUUAUAAAUCACAUUAUAGUCUGGGUGGUAGGGGAUUGAAUGAGGCUGUACCAUUCAGCUGGGUUUGAACCAUUCAAAAUGCACAUUCACCCAAAGCCUUUGAUGUGAAGUGAUAAUAGCUAGCAUUGUGGGUGGUGCUGCCCGUUGUGAAUGUUUUAAAGAUUUAAUUGGUGUUAAUUAAAACCCAAUCAGUUGAUCUAAGAAAAACAUCAGUCUGAAUUAUUUUAGAGAUUGGUGACUAUAAGGGAACAUAAGGCAAUGAUUUCAUAACAUAACCCCAGGGCUUUUAUAAUUGACUAAUUGUAGAACACAUUGUAGGAAUAAAGCUAUUUAAGAUUCCAGUUCUAACACUAGUAGGUUACUGGUACUUAAUUUCAUCCUUCAUAUCUAUUUUCUUACUUGAACAUUUUAUCAAUGUGUGGGUUAUUUCUUUGUUUUUAGAUUUAUAAUAUCCUUCUUGUAAAAUUAAAUUUGAUAUGUACUUUGGACAUUGCAUUUUGUAAAUGUCUCUUAGUAUUCCUUUUAUCAGGGUUUUUUCCCCUCAUAGUAGUCAUUGGUUUGUAGUUUCACCUAAUUGGCCAAGUUUUGGAUUUCAGUUAAUACCCCUUUUUAAGUGUGUGGUAUAGUUUUAGAAUUUAAAUUCCCUUGUCCCUUUAGCAUCUCUGUUAACUGCAUUGUCCUCUUAUUCAUCCUCUCCUUUUGUUACUCUGUCUUAGAAGGUUUGAAAAAUCUCCCCCAAACACACUUGAGUGAUUUUUAUUGAAAACUUUCCUAAAUUACAUGGUUUGAAGUUUACAAAACGUUUUUAAUUAGUGUACAGGGUUUAUUUUGUGUACAAAAAAAAAUUUUCUAAAGCAUUUUUUAUGUUUUAUUAUUGUGUACAUGACACCUGAAUCAAGGUUUUAUUUUAAUCAGUAAUAUACCUACUGGUCUUUCUUCAUCUGUGUCCCAUAAGUGCUUUCAUCAAAGAUGACAUGACUGUGUGACGUGUACAAAGCUGGAGGUGGUAUUUUGUUCUCACUCAGACAUAAUAACAAAACACAUAUAUCACUUUGAAUUUGUUUCAAAUAGGGCUGGGAAGUAGGUCACCAACCAGUUCUUUGGCUCAAUAAAACAUGCAUGAACCAUAGAACUGGUUAGUGACCUACUUACCAGCCCCAUUGUAAUUAAAAAUCAAUAUUUUAAGUUUCUUGCUAAUUUUUUUUUAGUUUUAAAAUUGAUGGUUAAAAUAAAUAAGAUUAUGUGCUGUGUGAAUCAAAUUGUUAUGAGUAAAAUAAUGACUAAAAAUUGUUGAUAAAAUAUUACAUUCUUGACAUUAUUGUAGUGAUAUAUUUUUUUUAUCUUUCAAAGAUGUCACAUUACCUGUGGUAUCUAUAUAUUUGUAGCUAAAACAAAUUGAAAGAUGAGUUUGUUAGUGAUAUAUUGUAAUAAAGCAAAUACUUAUAUUUGGGUCUUUCGGUCUACUAUGUACUUAAUUACCAGCCCAGAUUUUUUUUAAAGUCUAUGCACUUUCUUAUCACAUGAUUGAUUCUACUUGAUUGUAACAAUUGCAUAGUCAUCUAUCAGUCCUCCACAUUUGGCAUGAUUCACUGUAAAUUUAUCUGGCCUUGUACAUAUUGGACCCCACGUGACGGUGACGUCACGGGAGUCGUCAGGAGUCAGCUGCACUGAUAACGCGCAUUCAGCUGAUAAGUAAAGAUGUCAUUUCUUAAUUAAAACAUUGAUUUGAAUCUGAUGUUGCUUCGAUCAUGAACAAAAUAAAACAUGUUAUUUGAACAA